GAGACGGUGGAGCGCUUGGGCUGAGUGAGGGGAAACCACAGCAAAGAGCGAGAGCGUUUCUCGUCCCCCACAUGCGGCACUCGAUCAUUCCCCCCUUUUGUCAGGCGGACAAAGAGAGCUGGGGCUGCAGAGCUUUAAAAAGAAGCCGGCGCUGCCGCCGCAGGCAACACGGAGCGACAGCCGACGCGCGACAGAGUCCCUGCAUGUUGAGGAGAACCUGGUCUUCCCCGCGAUGCUCUACACUUUAGCAGGAGGCGGCUCGCUGUGUGGCGUCGCGGCCUUGGUGCUGCUCAUCGUCUCCACGGCCACCGACUUCUGGAUGCAGUAUCGGUACUCAGGCAGCUCGGCCAACCAGGGCCUUUGGAGGUUCUGCAUCAACCACAAAUGCCACGCCCACACCAUCACCGUCGCCUUCUGGGACGCGACGCGCGCCUUUAUGCUGCUGGCGGUGCUGAGCUGCUUCACCGGCGUGGUGCUUGGCCUCACCGCUUUCACAAACGGCACCAAAAACCGAAGAGUUCGAACCGGCGGAAUCGCUCUGGUCCUGUCAGGUUUCCUCGCGCUACUUGCUCUCGCCAUUUACACUGGAGUGACCGUUACCUUCUUCGGUAAACGCUUCCUGGACUGGCGCUUCUCUUGGUCCUACAUCAUCGGUUGGGUGGCCAUCAUUUUGGCGUUUGCUGCAGGUGUGUUUCAGCUCUGUGCCUAUCAGCGAACCAGCACGGAACCUGCGCCGCCCAAUGUUGCCGAGAGCUGAGGAAAGUGACCAGAUGUCAGCGGCAAUAAAAUCCUGCUUUUGAGAAACAAAA